CCUGCGCCACCUGCCCUGUUAUCCUACACUACCAGGUCUAAUUUCAGUCAUCACUUGUUCUUGUUCUUGUUCUUUCCAUUUGCUUAUGGUCCCCCUAAACCCCCACCAUCUCCAUCUUGUCCCACCACCGUUUUCUCUCUCCUAGUUAUCCAAGGGGAGUCCUCUAAUUUGAAGGGUACCCCUUACUCAUGACCGUUAACGCGCAAUUUCUUUACUUUCUUCUCUUUUUUCCCUCUAAUUUUUAGACCUCUUUAUGCUUCCCGGGUUGUUCUUUGAUCAUUCUUCCUCACAUGGCUUGAUCUGUAUGAUUUUAGGAACCCAAUUCCUUUAAAUUAUCAAAUCACAAUCAAUCAGAUCUGGGUUAUGCUCAUAACUCAUAAAGAUGUAAUCUUUUUUUAACAUUAUUAUAAAUACUUUGCUUUUCUUUUAUAUCUCUCAUAUCUGUUAGCAUCUUACCUUUUUUUAUCUGGGUUUCCGAAUUAAUGGCAGAUUUUUGACACCUCAAAAUAAAAGAAAGGAUCUUCAUUUUGAGCUGUGUAUUACUUUUGGUCGGAAGGUGAAUGUAGUAUCAUAUAUAUGAAAGCCUGCAAAUUAUGCACAUUUGAUAAAAAGUCCACCAAUGUCGUUUAAUUUGGGUUGUUUGAAUGGAUGUAUUUGAAGUCCUACAAGUAUUACAUAAAGAAUCAGCUGUGGAUACCAAAAGAAGACUAGAGAAAAAUAAUGGAAUCACCACAACACGCAGGUCCCGGACCAGGGAAGUUAGUUCAAGAUAUAAAUCACCUACACCUACAAAUUCAAGGCGAUUUCCUUCACCAAACCUUACCAGAAAUUCUAAUUCUUCACUGCCAUUAUCAGUAUCAAAGAGGGCUUUAUCAGCAGAGAGGAAAAGGCCUUCAACACCUCCAUCACCUCAACCAUCGACUCCGGUUUCGGAUACAUCAGUAGAAUCACAGUUAUCUGCCAAAAAGAUGAUAUCCAGUAGGUUACCAGAGGUACUAUGGCCUUCUACAAUGCGUAGUCUUAGUGUUUCAUUUCAAUCUGAUAACAUUUCUAUUCCUGUUAGUAAAAAAGAGAAAGAAAAACCAAUUACACAUGCCCUUUCAGAUCGGACUUUAAAGUCAUCUCCCAAUGUAGCUCAAAAACAGGCUGAAAUGACUGCUUCUCCUAGAAAACCAACUCCUGAGAGGAAAAGGAGCCCUUUAAAAGGGAAGAAUUCAUCACAUCAAUCAGAGAAUUCUAGACCUGUUGAAACUUCACAAGCAAAGUUGAUUGAUCAACAUCGAUGGCCUAGUCGAACAGGUGGGAAAUUAUCUGCAAAUUGUAUGAAUAGAAGUGUUGAUCUUACUGACAGAAUUGGUAAAGUUCCCAGUCCUUCAAUGCAUAGUAAUGGGACAGGAGCACCCUCACUGAGAAGAAUGUCAGCUGAAGGUAUUACUAGGCCUUUACAUAAAACUUCCAGCAAUGCUUCUGAUCAAUCAGAAUUUGAUGAUCAUAUUGGGAAAUUGGGGUUGAGGAUGAAAUCAGUAGAUGAUAGUUUUUUGAGGAUUUCUGCGCAGUCCAAAGCAGUCAAUGGUCCAAUUUCUUCGGAAAGAUCUGGGUCAAGGUUACCUUCACCAAGUAGGGUUUCUGUUUCUAAAGUUACUCCUAGUCCUUCGAAAACGAGACCGUCUACUCCUACGCAAUCUAGAGGGACAAGUCCUUCAAGGAUUAGGCCAUCUAGCCCUACCCGACAAUCUAGUAGUGCAACUUCAGUGCUUAGUUUUAUUGCUGAUAUUAAGAAAGGCAAGAAGACUAACCAGUUAGAAGAGGUUCAUCAACUACGCUUGUUGUAUAAUAGACAUUUGCAAUGGAGAUUUGCUAAUGCUCGAGCUGAAGCUGCUCUAUAUAUCCAAAAAAUUACUGCAGAGCAAACACUGUAUAAUGUCUGGGAAGCAAAUUUAGAGCUGUGGGAUUCCGUGAUAAAGAAGCGCAUUGAUCUGCAGCAGUUAAAUCUUGAGCUGAAGCUAAAUUUAGUGUUGAGUGAGCAAAUGGCAUAUCUAGAGGAUUGGGCUUUACUUGAGAGAGACCAUUCUACUUCUUUGAAUGGAGCUAUCAAAGAUCUCGAGGCUUGCACUCUUCGGCUACCUGUUACCGGAGGCGCGAAAGUUGAUAUAGACUCAUUGAAGUCUUCAAUCAGCUCUGCUGUUGAUGUGAUGCAAGCAAUGGGUUCUUCUGUCUGUUCUGUGCUAUCAAAGGUUGAAGGAAUGAGCGGCUUGGUCUCUGCUCUCUCUGAACUAGCAGGACAGGAGAGGGCCAUGCUUAACGAGUGUGAGGCUUUAUUGGGUUCAAGAUCCGCGAUACAGGUCAAAGAAUACAGUCUGAGGACGCAGUGUAUACAAUCACAACAAGAUCUAAACAAGACAAGACAUCCCUUAUUAUGGGCAACCUAAUUACAACUUCCCAACUCCUUUGUGGUGCUUGGCAUGGUGCAAAAAUCCGAUUUUAGUCAUGCUCGCAAUAACGGUCCUAAAACGGAUUCUGUGGCCAUUGUGAAUGGUUUUUAUGGUUGCCUGGUAAGCUUGAAAACCGUUACAAUAUGGUUAUGAUAAGUAAUGCAGGCGAUGUUUUGCACUAUAGUGCUGAAGCUAACCAUUAUUCUCACUCGCAACAGAAAAUCGAUUCUCACCACCUAAAAAAAAAGGAUUAAGUUACCCUUUUCUUUAUGUGUAGGAAGUUAAAAGAAUGUAAAUGUUCAUUCCUCUUCUCUCCAUUUCUUUCUCUAUUAGGUUUUUUUGUCUUUUUCUUAUUUAUGUAGUUGGAAUCAUAGUUUUUUGUAUUAGCUCUCUUUUCACCCUGCAUGUAAUUUUUGUAUCUCUCAAAAGGGAAAAAAUUUUAUCUGAGAAAAAAAAAUUAACUUAAUAUGAAAGGAAUAUAGAAAAGUACAUGCAAAGCGUGAUUUUGAUGCAAGAGAAAU